GAGCUCAUCAAAACCAUGAACGCAGGUGGAGUCAAGCUCUACGAUGCUAACCCAGAAAUCCUAAGACUUCUCAAGGGCACAAACUUGAAAGUCUCGAUCAUGGUUCCAAACCAUGAAAUCUCCAUUUUAGCUUCGAACCAGAGAAGAGCUGACGAGUGGGUCCAAAACAAUGUUCUUCCUUACUACCCACAAACUAUGAUUCGAUUCUUACUAGUUGGAAACGAAGUCCUCAGCUACUCUUCUGACCAAGAUCGACUAUUGUGGUUCGAUUUGGUGCCCGCCAUGAACAACAUCAGAAGCUCUCUUAGAGCUGUGAAUAUUAGAAACAUCAAAGUUGGAACUCCUCUUGCCAUGGACGCUCUCCAAUCGACUUUUCCCCCAUCGAACGCGAUUUUCAGGCCGGAUGUUUCUGAGUCUGUAAUCUUACCCAUGCUUCAAUUCCUCAACAGAACCAGAUCCUUCUUCUUCAUCGACGUUUACCCUUACUUCCCCUGGUCCGCCAACCCAACUAGCAUCAACCUCGAUUUCGCGUUACUCCAAGGAAACCCCAAUUCGCACUACUCCGAUCCCGGAACCGGGUUGAUCUACACCAACCUGCUCGACCAAAUGCUCGAUUCCUUGCACUUCGCCAUGGUGAAGCUAGGGUUUUCGAAAAUCCCUCUUUUGAUUUCGGAAACAGGCUGGCCAACCGCCAGCGACGUCGAACAGCCAGGAGCGAACGUCUUCAACGCCGCAACCUACAAUCGGAACUUGAUUCAAAGAUUGACCGCCAAACCCCCGAUCGGAACACCAGCACGUCCCGGGAUCGCGAUUCCAACGUUCUUGUUCGCUCUAUUCGACGAGAACCAGAAGACCGGGCCGGGAAUCGAGCGACACUGGGGUUUGCUCCGCCCCGACGGGACCCCAAUCUACGAGAUCGAUCUCGCCGGAAUCCAUCCGGCGCAGGGGUACAAGCCAUUGGCGGCGCCUGAUAACAACGGCAGAUACAAAGGGAAGGUGUGGUGCGUGGCGGCGAAGGAGGCGACCACGGCGGAGCUUCGGUCGGCGAUGGAGUUCGCGUGCGGAGCGGGGAACGGCACGUGCGAGGCGAUCGAACCGGGGCGGGAGUGUUACGAAUCGAUAUCGGUGAGUCAGCUGGCGAGUUACGCGUUCAGCUCGUACUGGGCUGAGUUUCGAAGUGCGGGAGCGAGUUGCCACUUCAAUGGAGUCGCUCGGCAGACCGUCAGAGAUCCCAGUAAGUAA